GCGCUGAAAUAGAGCGCGAAGAGCUUGCUGGGGUUGGGUGGCCAUAGUCCAUUGCGAUUUGCACAUCGUCCACUGCUGUGAUCGACCUUCGUAGAUGUGUUAUGACGGAGCCUGGAAGUGCUUUCCGUGAUACCAGAAUCGUUGCUUCCGCUAUUCUACCUGGACUCUGCGGAUAUCAAGGUUGAUCGGUGACUGCCAACUGCUCCGCAAACGUGGUAGAUCCUUCUCUAUGCCAACAACUCGACGGCCUGCUAGCCUACGCAGACAGCUAUGUUCCUACAUAGACUCACCGCAGACCUCGUCUACCACCUUUCACUCUUAUCCCCGCUCCCGGCUCAUUCGAAAUGAGGACCGUGGACACCUAUCACGCUCUUUACCACGUACCGCCAUAUGCCUAAGAUAUAUCAUAAUGCCCGAUACCGACCAACUCCAGACCCGGGAACCUUCAAACCUUCGCCAUCGGAGUCUGGAGGAGCUGUUCGUGCGUAUCGUUUUGAGAAUCGCCCGUCUGAAGUGCGAACUCUUCCGUCGUCGACACCAAAACGGACUCGCCAGAACCCAUAUCGCUUGUCACACUCUGGCAGUUCUUGAGGGCAGAAUACAUCUCCAUGUGAGCCCUCCGACGACUGUCAACUUACAAUCCGCCUUCGAGACCUUGCGGGCUUUUGAACAUGAACACGAACACUUGUUCGGUAACGAAGCCACCAACACCCCGUACAAUCCGACGAACCCGUCGCGUCGUCCUUUUCUGGGCAGUCUUCGUCCGUCCCCGUCCGGUACCCAUUCGAGCGAUCCUUCCGCCACCACAGACCUCGACAGUGAAGGGAGCGAUGAAGCAGCGCAGCAUGAGCGUCGUUCAAGGACUCCCCAAUGUCCUCAGACAUAUGCAAUCUACUCAAAUCACGCCUGGGACUCGUUCGCAGAAUACUACGACUUCUUAGGGACCGGCAUUGCGCCUACGGAGACCGAUGGUGGGAUUGCUGGCUCCGCUUCGAGCCUGCAAGAACAGCGCCGGCCGAGAUAUAUAUACCCUGCCACUCCUUCCACGAGACGUAUUUCACGAAGACGUUCUUUACACCAACGAGAGAAUAGCCCUGACGACCAUGCGACUCCGGACCGCCCUGAGAGACAUACCUGGACGCCACGCACGCGUUUACGCAGAUCAGAAAGUGAACCUCCUGCCUUCGUGCACCAUUCAUUCCAGCGUUUCCACUCAGAUACUCAGUUAACGGCACAGUCUUGGGAACACAGAGUAGCUACACGCCGCCGACGUAUUCUACUUGAGGCAACCAGACUUCGCAUCACACAUAUCGAGGUAAUACUCGAAGACAUUCCACAUGGACAACUGCGGGAGAUUUUCUGUUCUCUCUGGCGACACUUUCUUGCCAUUCGAAACGUUUUAAAGAUUGAUGAUGCUUUACUGGAAGGCGGGGACGUCUCCACUCUUCUGGAUUCGCCGAUUGGUACACCUCCGCCCCCGUACAGUCCUUGAUCUGUAUCUGGGAAGAUUGAUGCAUAUAAGCGAAGACAGAUCUGGUUACGGUCAUCAAAGAGUGUGUGAAGCUCGGAAGUUGGUCUAGGCAGAUGUGCAAUUCGAAGGGCGAUGCUUGGUAUGCUCAUAAGCAGGCGGAAAGAAUGAAGUCUAUAGCUCCUAUGAAAACAUAGAUCCCC